AUGAUGGAGUGGUGGUUGCUUGAAGCGGAUCUCAUCGAAAAAAUGCAUAAAGUGAUUGUACCUCGCUUCGUUAACCGCGAAGGACCUUUCACUUCAAUAUAUCGUCUUCCUACACAGCGCUUGCAACAGCACAUACAUGGCCGAAUAGAACGGUGGAGGCGAUACGAUAUUGCCGUUUUAGAAAUUGAUGGAAAUCCAUUCCCACCUGUGAUGGGUGCAAAGCCCGACAAUUCGUCGUCGUUGCUGAAUGUUUUGUUGCGGGACAGUCUUCAGAACCGGUUGAAAAAGCUCCAAAUGAAAGCGCAAAACUGA